UAAACGGAGUCGGGGCGGCCCGGUUGUAGCUUGCCGAGACAUCACAGACACUGACUUGGGAAUUUUGUGAGUGUGGGAAUUUUGUGAGUGUGAGAGCUUGGUAAUCUCUGCGCGUUCCCGUGCUUCGGCCUGAGUCUGGAUUGCUUGCCACGACUUGCGUGCUGACUGGCUGACGGCGCCGGCAAGAUGAAGCUCUCCCUGGUGGCUGCGGUGCUGCUGCUGCUGCUCGGCGCGGCGCGGGCCGAGGAGGAGGACAAGAAAGAGGACGUGGGCACGGUGGUCGGCAUCGACUUGGGGACCACCUACUCCUGCGUCGGGGUGUUCAAGAACGGCCGCGUGGAGAUCAUCGCCAACGAUCAGGGUAACCGCAUCACGCCGUCUUAUGUGGCCUUCACACCUGAAGGGGAGCGUCUGAUCGGCGAUGCAGCCAAGAACCAGCUCACCUCCAACCCUGAGAACACGGUCUUCGACGCCAAGCGGCUCAUCGGCCGCACGUGGAACGACCCGUCAGUGCAGCAGGACAUCAAGUUCUUGCCUUUCAAGGUUUGAC